AUGGCGACGCGCGUGGCCACCUCCACUCUCGACCCCGCUGACGAUGUGUUCGCCGCCGUCUGGGCCGACACCCACCCGCAGGCGGGUCCCCACCCCUCGCACCCAUACGCUCCCUCCCCCUCCGCCUCUACCUCCCAACCCCAGGUGCACUCUCACUCCGCCUCCGCCUCGUCCUCCGCCCUCCGGAGAAACGAUACCUCGAAGCGCAGACGCGGCUCUGACACCCUCGCCCGCCGCGGACGCAUCGACCACCCGUCUCCCGACCGGGACGGCGACGCUCCCCCGAGCCCCAUUCACGGCCGCUCCCGGACGCUCGACGACCACGCUAGCGCAGGGGGCUACUGGCUUGCGAAGCAGGGCUCGAUGAACACGCCCCAUCACCCGCUCAAGCACUCGUCAAGCCGGGCGUCGACGAGCGAGCACGGCACCCGCCCGUCGAUGCGACGCGUGCUGACCACGAACGGUGCCAAAGACGAUGUGCCGGAUAGUCCGGUGGAUACCGGGGCGGACUCGAAUGCGAACGACCGGGAGACUUUGGUGAUCGUGCAUGAGGUCCAACCGAAAGAUUCAUUGGCAGGCGUCGCCCUCAAAUACGGCAUUACCCUGCCUGAACUUCGGCGCGCGAACCAGAUGUGGACAUCAGACUCGAUACACCUCCGCAAGGUGCUCUAUAUCCCAGUAGACAAGACCCGUCAGGCAUUACACCUUAGAGGCGCCCUCAUAGAUCUCACCACACGGGCCGCCGCCGACGGCCAACCGCUCUCCUCGUACCCGGAUUCCCAAGAGCGCUCCAGCAGCCCACCCUCCCAACCUCUCAUCUCUCUCGACGACAGUCCCAAAGCCGCCAACUCUGACCUCCCGGACAUCGGCAAGCUUACCAUACGGCGAGUACCCGCCUCCCAGCUUUCCUACUUCCCCCCACCCGCCCACCCUUCGCCCAUGCUCGAGUCCACGCGCCGCCUCCCCGCCUUCUCCUCCGCCGCCACGCUCCCCACCGCGCUCGGCCGCCCCAAACGCAGCCGCUCCGCGCUCCCCUCCGGCUUCAGCGGCGCCGGCGCUUCCGCAGCCGCCCCGCCGCCCUCCGCGUUUCAAGGCCUGCUCGACGCCUUCGCGUCCAGCCUGCAGCGCUCCGCGGCGGCGAAGCCCCACCCGCACGCGCCCGCGCAGCUCUUCGGCGCGCCCUCGCUCGCCGCGCGCCUCAGCCUCGACUCCGCGCCCCCAAGCGGGACGCCGUCGAGCACGAGCGACGAGCUCGACUGGGAGCACGAGCUUGAGGACGUCACUCGCUCCCGCCGGAAGCACGCCGGGCCCAGCGGGGGUGCGAGCGGUGGGGCCGGCGUCGCGAUCCCGCGCCCCCGCGCCCCCGCGGAGGACCGCCGGGCGGCGUCCGCGAGCCUGAACGACGCGCCCGCGGGCGCGCUCCGGCGCGCGGGCGAGCGCGACGGCGUCGAGCUCGACGCGUGGCGGCCCCCGACGCACCCGACGCACCGGCGGAACGGGUGCGGGAGCGACGAGCCGCGCGGGCGCGCGGGGGUCGUGCCGUACACGGAGACGGACGCGGAGACGGAAGAGGAUGGCGGGGGCGGAGGCGCGGUGCUCCGCGCGCGCGGGGCGGAGUGGGGGUCCCCGAAGAAGACGCGGGGCGGGUCGCGGAGCGCGGUGCGCACGGCGCAGAUGGAGCCUUCCCCAGGGAUGCAGCUGCCUGCGAUGGCACCGAAGCGGGUGGGGACGCAGGCGUAG